ACCUUCGUCGUCCACCACCGUCAAGUUCGCCUUCGCAGGCUCAGUGCUGGCAGGUCCAUCAAGUGCAUUUGUUGCAGACCCCGUGCGGCUCGACAGGACGUUGACCCGGUUCAUCACCCCCGCGUCCCCUCGCUGCUUUCGUUGUACUUUAUCCUCUUUCUUCUUCAAGACUCGACGUUCGGCAGGUCCGAGUGCUGUCUCCUUUUCAACCAGUCCAAUCCUUUUGCCAAGCCGCCCCUGCAGACGCGCUGGUCCCGUAGUGCAAGAGGUUUCGUGAGUUGGCACGUAUGCUCCUCGAUUUUCCCCAUUGCUGACCCGCACAAAGAUUCGCUCUUCUAACGUCGUCUUCUGCGCACCCGACACUCUCCCGUCUUUCGCAGUCAAUUUUACGCCAUGCCACGCCGCCCAGCACCGACUCCCCUGCGCCUCUCCCAAGGCCCGCUUCCCAAACGCAGCGAGCCCAAGCACACCCUGCCGUCGCUCCCGCGCCCCGUCUUUCACCCUCCGCCUCGUGCUUCGCAAGGGCCCCUUCCUCGUGAACGCGCGCAGGCCUAUGCACUGAAACUUGAACAGGCAGACGACUCCAGGGCACGUGCGCCU